AUGUCAGCUAUCUUUGCCACGGAAACUUCAAGAGAAGAUAUUAUUAAUAAUAUCAAAUCUUUAAAUGAUUCUUCAUCGUUAAAUACUGAAUCGCAAAACAAUACGAAAAUCAAAAACAAAAAUGACACUAUAAAACUACUAGAAGAGUUUAUUAGUGAUAAUUUAAGUAACCAUCAAUUGAUUAAUAUUAAGAGAAACCCACCAGUGGCAACAUUGUAUGAAGAUGGUUUGAAAGAAAACAAGACUACUUUAUCUUCAACCGGCGCAUUAAUUGCAUAUUCAGGUGUAAAGACGGGAAGAUCGCCAAAGGAUAAGCGUAUUGUUGAAGAGGAACUUUCAAAGGAUAAUAUCUGGUGGGGACCUGUAAAUAAACAAUGUUCUGAGAGAACAUGGGCAAUCAAUAGAGAAAGAGCGGUCGAUUACUUGAACACAAGAGAUACUCUAUAUGUUAUCGAUGCUUUUGUAGGCUGGGAUCCAAGAUACAGAAUCAAAAUUAGAGUUGUUUGUGCAAGGGCUUAUCAUGCUUUAUUUAUGAAUAAUAUGUUGAUUAGACCAACGAAAGAAGAAUUAGAAAAUUUUGGUAAACCAGAUUUCACAGUUUGGAAUGCAGGUCAAUUCUUUGCAAAUUCUCUAACAAACGAUAUGUCUUCAAAAACUUCUGUUGAAAUUAAUUUUAAAGAAAUGGAAAUGACUAUAUUAGGUACCGAGUAUGCAGGAGAAAUGAAAAAAGGUAUUUUUACCGUUAUGUUUUACUUAAUGCCAAUUUAUCAUAAUGUAUUGACAUUGCAUUCAUCUGCUAAUCAAGAAAAUAAUAAUGGUGAUGUAACUUUAUUCUUCGGUUUGAGUGGUACAGGUAAGACAACACUGUCUGCUGAUCCACAUAGACAACUGAUUGGUGAUGAUGAACACUGUUGGUCCGAUAAUGGUGUUUUUAACAUUGAAGGCGGUUGUUAUGCAAAGUGUAUUGGCUUAAGUAAAGAAAAGGAACCUGAUAUUUUUAAUGCCAUCAAAUUCGGAUCUGUACUGGAAAAUUGUAUUUAUGACGAAGAGACACAUGAAGUAGAUUAUGAUAAUUCAACAAUUACUGAAAAUACAAGAUGCGCCUACCCAAUUGAUUACAUUUCAAACGCAAAGAUUCCUUGUCUAGCAGAUAAACAUCCAACAAACUUAAUUCUUCUAACCUGUGAUGCUUCUGGUGUAUUACCUCCUGUUUCAAAACUAACACCAGAACAAGUCAUGUAUCACUUCAUUUCUGGUUAUACUUCCAAAAUGGCGGGAACCGAAGUCGGUGUUACCGAACCACAACCAACCUUCUCUUCUUGUUUUGGACAACCAUUUUUAGCACUACACCCAAUGAAGUAUGCCUCAAUGUUAGCAGAAAAGAUGGACAAACAUAAAGCUAAUGCUUGGCUAUUAAAUACUGGUUGGACUGGAUCCUCUUACGUUUCGGGUGGUAGCAGAUGCCCUCUAAAGUACACAAGAGCCAUAUUAGAUGCUAUUCACGAUGGCAGUUUACAGAAUGAAGAAUAUGAAACUUUACCUAUCUUUAAUUUACAAAUUCCAAAAAAUGCUAAUGGUGUUCCAUCUGAAUUAUUAAAUCCAGCAGGUAGUUGGACUGAUUCUAGUGAAGAUUACAUGACUGCUGUACAAAGAUUAGGUAAGUUGUUUAAUGAAAAUUUUAAAACUUAUGAGGACAAGGCAACAAAUGAAGUCAUUAAAGCAGGACCAGUUUUAUAG